CGACGCCGGGCGGUGAUCGCGGCCCGGUCCUUGCGAGCAGGUUUCGUGCCGGCCGGGAGGAUGAGCCGGUUCCUGAACGUGCUGCGCAGCUGGCUGGUGAUGGUGUCGGUCAUCGCCGCCGGGAACACCCUGCAGAGCUUCCGCGACCACAGCUUCCUCUCGGAGAAGCUGUACACCGCCAGCCCCGGCCUCGUGAACGGGCUCCAGGCUCGGACCUUUGGCGUCUGGACCCUGCUGUCAUCAGUGAUCCGCUGUCUCUGCGCCAUCGACAUCCGCAAUAGGACCCUCUAUUACAUCACACUCUUCACCUUCUUUUUGGCCCUUGUUCACUUCCUCUCCGAGGUCUUCAUUUACCACACUGCAGCCUUGACAAUUGGAGUUAUGGCACCCCUCAUGGUAGCAAGUUUCUCUAUCUUGGGGAUGUUGAUUGGGCUGCAGUACCUGGAGGUAGAAGCACUGUCACAAAACAAGAAGAAAAACUGAAGCUGAGGGCCCUGUGUAGGUCAGCGUUGUCUCAUGUCUUCACUGCCAAACUUCCACUAAAGCUCAGCUGAACUUCUCCAGGACACCAGUCCCACUGGUGGGUCAAUGUUGGACUCUGUCAAUCAUUCUUCAUUACCAAGUGUUUUUUCUUGUCCAGGCAACAUUUUAACUGACUGAUGUCAAAGACCAAGUCCCAGAGGAGUUUGUGUCAAAGCUUGCAGGGGGGCAGUUGGUGACUGCCUCCCCGGAGGAUAGCAGGCAAUGCCUCAGGCGUGCCCAGUGCACUAAGGGCUUCUCUCCCAGUGUACCUGUGGGGAGGAGGUGUAGAGCUACCCAGGAUCCACUGAACACUUUGGACCAGAGAGAAUGUCUGCUGCCCCAGCACUGCUGUGUAACUCACAUAUGUGUGUUCCUCAGGGGCCAUUUCUAAUAAAUGACAGAAAACUGCAGGGCGCUAUGUCUGUCUUUCCACUACACAGCAGCGGGUAGAGGAUGUACAACCUCAGAGCAAACAGCAGUUUCUACUGUAUGUUGCAGAAUAAAUCAUCUCUCUUUACAACAAACCCCUUUCCCUGACUCCUCCUGACAAAGUUCAAGGUCUGACUGCUCACAUCACACACACACACGAAGAGAGUUGUUGCAGCUCUUGCUUCCGCAGCAUACUGGCGACAGCAAACUGCAUACAUCUGUGAGCAAGGACUGAGCUACCUUUGCAGUGAGCUAUAACUACAGAAGACAGAGAAAACAGGAACAGGUUGCUUAGACCAAGAGGAAAUAAUGCCCAAAGCAGAUGGGCAGUGCACAGAAGGUAGGAAGGAACCAGCAGGAUCUCCUAGCUGGGAAGACGGUGCAUGUGCAGAAGAAAGAAAGGAAAAACACAGAAGGGAGGAAAAGAGCACAACAGUAGCAGUGGGCAGAAAGAUGAUUUUUCCAUUCUGCAAAACAUUUCAGGCUAUUAAAAGAGUCAGAUGUAGACUG